GACGAUGCUUCCGUAACGAGCUACGGAAUUCUCGCGAGAUGACAGGGCAAAAUACUACUUCCGGUGCCGCAAGCAGUGAGCAACAGUUUCAGAAGUUAAUUGGCUCUCAUGGGAGCACAUGAAGAAGACUCUGUGCUGCUGCAGAAAAUAACAAGACUGGUGGUUCUUCAACAAGAACAUGGAGAAGAUGUCACGGGUGACCACAGCCCUCGGCAGCAGUGCCAUCAGUGGCCGAACGAUGUUCUGCCACUUGGACGCUCCUGCCAACGCCAUCAGCGUGUGCCGUGACGCCACGCAGGUGGUGGUGGCCGGCCGCAACAUCUUCAAGAUCUACGCCCUGGAGGAGGAUCAGUUCGUGGAGAAGCUGAAUCUACGCGUCGGCCGCAAACCGUCGCUCAACUUCAGCUGCGCGGAUGUCAUGUGGCACCAGAUGGAGGAGAACCUGCUGGCCACGGCUGCCACCAAUGGAGCGGUGGUCACAUGGAACCUGGGGAAACCGUCCCGUAACAAGCAGGACCAGCUGUUCACGGAGCACAAACGCACCGUCAACAAGGUGUGCUUCCACCCCACAGAAGUGUACAUGCUGCUGAGUGGCUCGCAGGACGGCUUCAUGAAGUGCUUCGACCUGCGCAAGAAAGAGUCUGUCAGCACUUUCUCAGGUCAGUCGGAGAGUGUAAGGGACGUCCAGUUCAGCAUGAAAGAUUAUUUCACGUUUGCUGCGUCUUUUGAGAAUGGCAACGUCCAGCUGUGGGACAUCCGGCGGCCGGACCGUUACGAGCGAAUGUUCACCGCUCAUACUGGACCCGUGUUCUGCUGCGACUGGCACCCUGAUGACAGGGGAUGGCUGGCCACUGGUGGCAGGGACAAGAUGGUGAAAGUGUGGGACAUGACGACCACUCGGGCCAAGGAGAUCUACUGUGUCCAGACGAUCGCCUCAGUGGCGCGGGUCAAGUGGCGGCCUGAGAAGAAGUUUCAUCUAGCCACCUGCUCCAUGAUGGUGGAUCACAACAUCUACGUGUGGGACGUCCGGCGACCUUUCAUUCCCUUCGCCACCUUUGAGGAACACAAAGAUGUGACCACGGGCAUUGUGUGGCGGCAUCAACACGACCCUCACUUUCUGCUCUCUGGCUCUAAGGACAGCACACUGUACCAACACAUGUUCAAGGACGCCACUCGUCCCGUGGACAAAGCCAACCCCGAGGGUCUGUGCUUCGGACUGUUCGGGGAUUUGGCCUUCGCAGCCAAGGAGAGUCUGAUCAGCAGCGACUCCAACAGAAAGCCGUACCCUGGGGGAGACCGUCGCUACCCCAUCUUUUUCUUCAAGAAGCCCGACCGGACAGAACAUUUUGCCCAUGUGUCGAGCGCCCUCAGCGUCUUUGAGACAGACUUGGACAGUAACCGCAUGGACUGGUUUGUGAAGACGGCACAACUCUACCUCCUCUGCGGGAAGCCUUUUGCAGAGCUCUGUGAUCACAACGCCAAAGUGGCCCAGGAGCUCAAAAGACCUCAGGUUUCCACAACUUGGACCAUGUUGAGAAUCAUGUUCUCAGACCCAGCAAACCUCACUACCGGUCCAAACCACCCGCUCAGUAAGCUGGGCACCCUGCCUUUAAUGAACAGUUUCAACAUGAAGGAAAUGAACUCAGGGAUGGGCACAGAGAGCAGGCUGGAGCGCAGUAAAGGGGAGAGCAGGCAGGACAACAUCCACCUGGAGCCCGGGAACUCGCUCAUCAGCAUCAAUAAUGAAGAUAAUGAGGAGACGGAGGGCAGCGAGGGCCAGGCGGAGUAUAUGUUCGGUGAUGCAGAGUUAGAUGAUGACGACCUUUACUCGAUGGAGCACGACAACCAAACAGAGGAGCAGGAGUACACUCUGCCUCAGGAGGCCUUCCAGCUGCGACACGAGAUCAUGGACAACCCGUCGGCUCCGGAGCAUCUCCAGCAGGACAAGGCCGACUCCCCGCACGUCAGCGGCAACGAGGCGGAGGUCACGUGUCUGACACCCAUCGAGUCCUUCUCCCUCAUCUCCAUCUCCCAGCCGCUCUUCAGCCCUCACCUACCGGCCAGCUUCUUCUGCCCCAUCGUGCGCGAGAUGCUGAGCUACUACGCCGAGCAGGGCGACGUGCAGAUGGCCGUGUCGGUGCUGAUCGUCCUCGGGGAACGCAUCCGUAAAGAGAUCGAUGACCUCACGCAGGAGCACUGGUACAUGUCCUACAUCGACCUCCUGCAGAGGUUCGAGCUGUGGAACGUGUCCAAUGAGGUGAUCAAGUUGAGCACGUGCAGCGCCAUCACCUGUCUGAACCAGACGUCCACCACGCUGCACAUCAACUGCAGCAACUGCAAGCGGCCAAUGAGCAACAGGGGCUGGAUCUGUGACAGGUGCCACCAGUGUGCCAGUGUGUGUGCGGUGUGCCACCACGUGGUGAAGGGACUGUUUGUGUGGUGUCAGGGCUGCAGCCACGGCGGACAUCUGGAGCACAUCAUGAACUGGCUGAAGAGCAGCGCUCACUGCCCGGCCGGCUGCGGACACCUGUGUGAGUACACCUGAGCCCAACCGCUGUUCACACAGCUGCUGCUCCUCGGGAGUGGGAAUCUAUCCUCACACACACACACACACACACACACACACACACGGGACAAACGGGAUGUCUUCAUUGCUCCUCACGGGCCUGGAGGCUUUUGUCUGUUUGGAAAGAAGGACGAUUCAAAUGUGUGAUAAACGUCGUCUGACGGAGGAAGAGGUUUAUAUGUGCUCUCCUGGAAAGCCAUUCAAACAAAUUCAGAUUUGAAUUUGAGCCAUUUGUAUAUAAACUGAUGUUACAAUAGAUGUUCAGAGAAUAUAACAAUAUUUUUUGUUAAACACACUUGCUGCAUUUUACAUAGUUUUUAAACCCUUCAGUAAAAUCCUGAAGGCUGUACAGGAAGAUUUGACUGUUCAUAUUAAGUGGAUUGUUAAUGUUUGUACAUAUGCUAUAUCUUAUUUUGAAGGACUGUAGAUAAAGAAUUAAUUUAUAUGGGAAAUAGCUCUCUAUUCAAACAAUACAAUAAAGCAAUACACUUGAAGUUGUUGUGGACCAGUGCUCUCUGUUUGUAUUUAAAAGAUAAUAGAUUACAUGAACAUU